AUGGCUUACUUCAUUCCUUCAUACUUCCAGAAGCGUCUGCUGCGAUAUGCUCUCACCCGCCUAGAUUUCAUCGACUCCGAUGAACUCGAUCUCGACAACCUUGGCCUAACCUGGGGUCAGCGAACCGUUGUCGAGCUUAAGAAUGUCGGCAUCAAAGUUAGAAAGCUCGAGGACCUGCUACAGUUGCCAUCCACCUUUCUCCUCAGUCAUGCCUCGAUCAAGUUGCUCCGUCUGACCCUCCCGGCCGACCUGCAUAUCAGUGGCAUUGAGAUCGAGGUUGAUGGAGUGGAAGUAAUUGUGGCCAUUCGCCCUGGUCAUACAAAAGACACCGCCCUCUUCAAGGAAACAUCUCUCCCGAGUAAGACCGAUCGGGCAAAUCUCCCUCGGAUAGUGUCAUCCUCUAUCCAUAACCCAGGCGGUCGAGGUACACGAUCUCGAAGCGGACGCUCCCUAGAGUUCUCCCAGGUCGUCCCCACGUCAGAGGACCUGGCUGCCUCGUUUCUGGAGUCUGAGCCUCCGAGAGAAAGAGAUGAACUACAGGCUGCACUGGAGUCUCGCUCCCAAUUCUUGCAAGAAUCAAUCUCUCCUACAGCGACUGAUGAUGUAGGCCUCGGAAUGCCUGGAGGCUUGUCUCUUCCCUCAUUCGUUGCCAAUUUCUUCAAGGGUGUUGCCGACAGACUAUCAGUCAAAGUCAAGGACAUCAAUGUUGUCUUGGAGAUGAAUUCUUCAGGGGAUGGUGUUAGCUCAUCAGAGAAGACAAAGUUCAUGCUCACCGUGGGAGACCUUUCGGUGGAUGCUCUCGCUACAGCUGAAUCUUUGGAAACGCAAACGCAAUCUAGCAGGUCCAUCCGGAUCGAAGAUGUGCAAGUCUUCAUUCUCUCGGAUUCAGAAGCAUUCUCAGACUCGUCUGGCCUUAAUUCCCCCAAGCUCGCUCGGUCUCGGCUUCGACUUUCACACCCCGAGUCACAUAGCGACGUAAGCAGGCCUAGCCAUUCGAGGAAUAAUGACUUCGAACAUAGUUCCGAUGGUUCAAGACUGCCCUCCCCUUCAUUCAGCAAUUCUGGGCUUGGGAUAGGUCUAGCGGCGAAUAUGCUAGAAGACUCCACAAUAUUUUCAGCCGGACUUGCAGAUGAGGAACCACACCAAAGCUCUUAUUCCGAUAAGCAUUUGAUCGACAAUAGAGAGCACGCGGAACAGGUCCAUGACUCCCACAAUCAAGGAAAUUUCCCAGGACCAACACCUGAUCAGCCUUCGAGCUCCGAGAAUUUGGCCGAGUCUAGAAUAUUCACGCAUGACGAGGCAGAAAGCAUGUAUCUCAGUGCGGUGAGUGGUCAAAAUAUGCCAGGAGGUUGGGCAUGGUCUAGUCCAUCCCAGACUCAAGAUAUCAACGAUCUUGACCUGAGCAGCACUGAACCUCAUCCUGACCCUACACAGCCAAUCGUUGACCUCUCAUCUCAGCCCGGCUCAGAUAGAAGUUUAUCAGGCUCGGAAGGUAUGCAAGUUAACGAGGACGAAGAAGUUUCUAAUGGAGAAAGUGUCCUGAAUAACAACUUGGCGUCUUUUUUCCGCUCUCGCUUGAUCCAUAUGACCUACAUCGUACUAACCAUUCCGGAGAUGGACGACCAUCAGGUACAGACCCCGAGUCAAGAACGCGGGUCUUCAUUGAGGCCACUUGCAACUCCACGGACAUCUCAAAUCAUACGGCCGUGUGGUGAUGAAGUAAGAGCGUCUUUCUAUACACCGGCUGGAGCCCUUGGCAAAGCUCUUCGCGCUCCAGUCCUUGAAGUUGGAGAGAUUUCGAUAGAUCUUGACGUUAUGGUAUGCAAAGUUGCAGUCAAGACUGCUCAAACUCUGGUCGAGGCUUUUCCGGCUACAGUUAAACAACCGCAAUCCUCCACCACUGCCUCAAAACCACUUCCUAGUGUCACCAUCCAUAAACUCAACCUGCAUCUAUGUGAGUGUGUACCGCGGCUUGCGCCGACAAAACUACCAUUCCAAACACUAGAAUCGGCCCUCCCAGACGGUCAAGCUUUACUCAAAUUGUCGCUAUCACCAAUCGUCUUUUUACCUCCGAAGGACCUUGGAGUGGCUUCACGAUUCACUGUGUCGAAAAUAAUGAUGACGCAUGGGCCAAGGGUCGUACUAUCAUUCGUCGACUCUAUCAAUGUACGGGAUUCUAUCGCUACAAGCUCGAUGCUUCGGCCGCAUGAUUUUGUCGCGAGCAUGGCAAGCAACCGUUAUGACGUGCAAAUAAAGCCAGCUCAUAUUGUUCUGGAUCUGCUCGUGAUUGACGAGGUGCUCAGCCGGAGUGGUGGUCUGAGCUCCCUGUUGGACCUAGGUAACUCUAUCAUGUCUACAAACACGGUUAAGAGCCCGACAGUUGUUUCGCCAUCUGACACGACAAGACAACGGACCGUCAGAUUUGAUGACCCCAAAAACCGAUCACGCACUGAUAGCAAUUCUACAUCCUCGCUUCCAAAAGUCGAUGUCCGUGUCUCUGGAUCUGUGCUGGACUUGAUCGGUUCUGAGUCUUCCGUUCAAGUCAGAACUUCGGCCCUCAAAGCGGUCUACCGUGAGAGCAAUAUCAAACUUGCUAUUGAUGGAGCAGCCAUCGAAGGGCCUUUGUUAGAAGGCAUCAGGUCUCGAGGGGAAACGUGGGUGAAGAUCCGAAACAUCCAAGCACAUUACUCAGACACGCCGGACGAUAACGACUUAGAUCGACUGCUAUCAUUGAUCACGCCUUCUCGAGACAAAUAUGACCAGGAGGACGACAUCAUGGUUGACACUCUCAUCAGGCAGCGCCGGAAAGGAGGUGUCCUGCGUUUGACGGUUGGAGAUCUACAAGCCGGCGCUACAGGCUUUCACUGGGUGCCACAUUUGGCAAAAGUUGCUGACGAGAUCUCUAAGCUGUCCUCAGUCACCAAGUACCUCCCUGAAGAUGACCGUCCUGGCGUCCUAAUGUUUGGGUUAGUGAAUAAGCUCGAUUUUCGACUGGAUGUGGAUCAACAAUUUGGCCCACUCAGACUCAAAGCGGAAUUGAUCGAGCUCUCAAACAUUAGUGUGCCCUCACUUGCCGCUGCCCAAAUAGCCUCGUGGUCAUUGUCAAGAGGAGACAACGAUGUACUGAUAGGUGAAGUGACUGCCCAAGGCAAUGCCGUAAUGGGUCCACCGAUGAUCAUGUGUCGAUUCAUUGCAGAUGAGAUGGAACCUACCGUGCGGAUGAAGAUGUCCAAUACUUGUUUCGAGUACAAGGUCCCGACUCUUAUGGCUGUGACUUCUCUAUUGGAGAGACUCCAGGUUCAGCAGCCCAUUCCGCAGCAACACUCUCAUCAGCAUCCAUUUAGUCCAUCUUCCUCCGGCACUGUCGAUAUGGCUGGCGUUUCACGGAAAGUCAGAUUUUCUCUUACUUUCAGAGACUCAGCUAUUGCGCUCAAUCCUGCGCAGGGCAUUGCGAAAGGUCUUUUCGUUUUGACUGAUACCAUUAUUCGCCAUGAAAGUGAGAAACACGGAUCCAUUGAGAACCUUGAGAUCAGAAAGGCCUCUUUCCUAGUUAUCAACGACAGAGAAUCUGUUGGACGAGAUACCGGAAACGUUGACCACAAGCUUUAUUUUGAAGAGAAUGAUCAGAUCCAGAGUCUCACUAGAGCAGGAUUUGUUCCAGUUGGGUCUAUAUCCUCCGCUUCGGCAAUUGUCAAUGUCAUUGAAGACAAAGUCAACCACGAGACGAGACUCGAGGUCGAGUUUCGGAAUAACCUACUCUUCUUAGAAACUUGUGCUGAUUCUACCCAAACUUUGAUCCAGAUCCUAAGUGGUCUCGCCCCUCCAAUCCCUCCAUCAAAGGUGGCCAAGUAUCGUACUGAGAUAAUUCCUAUCCAGGACAUGCUAUCGUCAUUUACUGGAAAUGCAUUCGUAUCCGAACCAGGACCCGCGCUCGGCCUUCAAGCUUCGCAGCAGAUAUUAAAAGGCAGAAACUUUAGGGAGCAAGAGUAUGAGCACGAAUUCAAUGAGGAUGAGGAUGAUGACGACAGCGAAGAGGGCAGGUUCAUGGACAAUAUGUACCGUGAGGACGACGAUGCCGACGAUGAAAUGACUCUUAGUCAUGUAGAGUCUAAUCUUGGCCACUCGACAAUGUCCGAAUCCAUCCACAUCGCGCCUGUUGAUGUCAUGGCAUCAAGUACGAAUGAUCUAGGUCAGAGUGUGAUGGCUCACAGCUUGUUAGAUUUCAGGCAGGAUCACUUUGCCCCAAAAUCUUCUGUGGGUGGUACUGCCCAUCGAUGGAAUUCGACCCAGAACACCUACGGACUUGUGAGCGACACACUUUUUGAUAGAUCACCACUCAAGGUUCGAGUCAGGGAUGUCCAUGUAAUUUGGAAUCUCUUCGAUGGCUAUGACUGGCAAACAACGAGAGACACCAUCUCCCAGGCAGUGAAGGACAUUGAAACACGAGCUAUGGCCAGGCGUCCAAAGAGUACUAGUCGACUCUCAGCAGGUGCCGAAGAAGAGGACGAGUCUGUCAUUGGUGAUUUUCUGUUCAACUCGAUAUAUAUUGGCAUUCCAGCCAACAAGGACCCAAGGGAUCUAACUACUGCUAUCAAUCAUGACAUCGAUGAUAUGGUCAGCGAAACAGGUAGCUAUGCUACUAGCACGACAAUCACCGCAACUACUAGCCGCCGCCAAUCAAGCACAGUGUCACGGCCCAAAAAGUUGAGGCUCAACCGGAGCAAACAUCACAAGAUGACCUUUGAGCUUGCGGGCGUCUCCUCAGAUUUUGUGAUGUUUCCAUCAGAGAGCGGGGAAGUCGAAAGUUCGAUCGACAUUCGAGUAAAGAUGCUAGAAGUAUUCGACCAUGUCCCCACAUCGACUUGGAAGAAAUUUGCCACCUACAUGCAAGAUGCAGGUGAGCGAGAAGUUGGUACAAACAUGGUCCAUAUUGAGAUUCUCAACGUCAAACCCGUGCCAGAUCUUGCGGCAUCAGAGAUCGUGCUUAAACUCACUGUUCUCCCUCUCAGACUGCACGUUGAUCAAGAUGCACUGGACUUCCUUACCCGUUUUUUUGAAUUCAAGGAUGACAGUGCUCCGCCCGCAAGCGGGCCGUCGACCCCCCCUUUUAUCCAGCGAGUUGAAGUCAAUCCAGUACAGUUACGGCUCGACUUCAAACCAAAGAGAGUGGAUUAUGGAGGCCUGCGCUCAGGACGUACCACAGAGUUCAUGAAUUUCUUUGUUCUGGACCGAGCUGACAUUGUUUUGCGUCGUGUCAUUCUGUACGGCGUUUCUGGUUUUGAUCGGAUGGGUAUCAUGCUCAACAACAUCUGGACGCCUGAUGUCAAGACAAAUCAAUUACCCGGAGUUUUGGCAGGACUCGCUCCAAUCAGACCUUUAGUGGAUGUGACGAGUGGUGUAAGAGAUCUUAUCGCAGUCCCUAUUCGAGAAUAUCGCAAGGAUGGCAGACUUGUCCGCAGUAUCCAGAAAGGGGCUUUGGCAUUUGCCAAAACUACAGCCACGGAACUAGUGAAUUUGGGCGCCAAGUUGGCGAUUGGAACUCAACAAGUUCUUCAGAAUACCGAAGACUUACUUAUCACACGAGAAACACAAGAAAACACCGGAGGUGAUGAUGAAACAAAGAACCAGAUUUCACUCUAUGCUGAUCAGCCACUUGGAAUUGUACAGGGGUUACGAGGGGCUUAUACCAGUCUUGAGCGCGAUCUCUUACUUGCGAGAGAUGCCAUUGUGGCAGUUCCCGGAGAAGUCUUGGCCAGCGGGAGCGCAACUGGCGCAGCCAAAGCUGUCUUGAAGCAAAGCCCAACCAUUAUCUUGAGGCCAGCGAUUGGAGCCACAAAAGCAGUUGGGCAGACACUGCUAGGUGCGGGUAAUACUUUGGACAAGAGGAACUUACGGCGAAUGGAUGAGGAAAAUCAGAAAUACAAACGUCAUUGA